GUUAGACACUGCACUAUUCGUCAUUCAGUAUCUGAAAAUAGUUGGUAACUGACUGGAAUUAAUGUGCUAGUGUUAGUUUUUUUUUUCUUCAAGAAAUUUUCACUUUUUAAAAAUGAGUACAGAAAAAAUCGUCGAUUUUAAUACUCUUGACAAUAGUAUGCAGGAGUUGGUAAAGGAAUGUAUAGCAGUUCGCGAGAUGGCUUAUGCGCCUUAUAGUAAAUUUAAAGUUGGAGCAGCUUUACGUUGUGAGGAUGGAUCAAUAACAACUGGUUGUAAUGUGGAAAAUGCUGCAUAUCCACUUGCAAUUUGUGCUGAACGUGUGGCAAUUGGAAAAGCAAUUUCCGAAGGUAAACGAAAAUUCACAGCAAUUGCCGUUGCAGCUGAUAUAAUUCAUGGCUCAAAAAAUGCAUCACCAUGUGGAAUGUGCCGUCAAAUGAUGACCGAAUUUGGUGAUAUGCCGGUUUUAUUAACAUCUCCCGAUAGAAUGAAAAUUCAAUCAACAUCAGUUGUAGAACUUUUGCCAUUUUCCUUUGGCUUUGAAAAUAUCAAAAAUGGUAUUCAAUUUCCCAUCAAUCACAAUAUUGAGUAAAUUUUUCCUAAUUUCAUAAAUAAUGUAUAUUUUAAAUUUAUUUUUAAAAAUAGAUUUACGCAAAAAGAAA